UCCAGUAGGAGACCCCAGGGGCUAGGGAGGAUUCCAUUCCCAUUUUCUUUUUUUUUUUUUUUUUUUUUGAGGCAGAGUCUCACUCAUUCACCAGGUGCCAGGCUGGAGUGCAAUGGCGUGACCUCAGCUCUCUGCAACCUCUGCGUCCCAAGUUCAAGCAGUUCUCCUGCCUCAGCCUCCCCAGUAGCUGGGACUACAGGUGCACACCACCAUUCCCAGCUAAUUUUUUUGUAUUUUUAGUAGAGAUGGGGUUUCACCAUGUUGGCCAGGAUGGUCUUGAUCUCUUAAACUUGUGAUCCACCUGCCUGGGCCUCCCAAAGUGCUGGGAUUACAGGCCUGAGCACCCAGCCUCCAUUCCCAUUUUCUUGGGAAAAUGUUUUCACUUCUCCCCAAUCACACUGAUGUUGCCUCUGGGUUUUCAUGUAGGGCUCUUAUUUUGAGGUAUGUUUCUUUCAUGCCUAGUUUGUUGAGGGAUGUUGGACUUUAGUGAAUACUUUAUCUGCACCUAUUCACAUGAUCAUAGGCUUUGUGUUCUAAGUACAAGUUUGUGCCAUGAGUCCUCUUUGUUGACUUGCAUGUAUUGAACCCUCCUUUCAUCCUGGGAGGAAGACAACUUGAUCAUGAUGAAUUAUGUCUUUGAUGCACUGUUAGAUUCUGUUUGCUAGUAUUUUUUGACGAUCUUUGCAUCUGUGUUCAUCAGCUUUCCUGGCCUGUGGUUUUAUUCUUCUGUUGAGUCCUUGUCUGACUUUACUAUCAGGGUGAUACUGGUUUCAUAGAAUGAGCUAGGAAUGAAUCCCACUUCCUUGAUUAUUUGGGAAUAGCUUCAGUGUGAUUGCUACCAGCUCUUCUUCGUACAUGUGGUGAAGUUUGACGGUGAAUCCAUCUGUUCCUGGGCUUUUUUGCUGGAAGAAGUUUUAGUAGUGAUUCUUUUUCAUUGCUUGUUGUUGGUCUGUUGAGGGUUUCUAUUUUUUCCUGGGCAAUCUUGGGAAGUUGUAUGUGUCUAGGAAUCCAUCCAUUUUCUUCUAGGUUUUCUGGUUGAUGUGCAUCAAGGUGUUCGCGGUCGUCUCUGAUGAUCUUUUGUAUUUCUGUUGUGUUGGCUGUAAUGUCAUCUUUCUCAUUUCUGAUUGUGCUCAUUUAAAUCUCGUUUUUAUUGGUUAGCGUAGUCAACCGUCUGUCAAUUAUGUGUAUACUUUCAAAAGCCCAACUUUUUAUGUCAUUAAGUCUUUGUAAUAUUUUUGUCUCAGUCUCAUUCUUUUUCUGUCCUUUCGGAGUUUCCUUUUUUUUCAGGGUCUAUUGCCAGACAGUGAAUGUGAUCCUUGGUGGUGCCACAAUAUUCAGAUUUGUCACACAUCAGAAUCCUCACACUGAUUCCUUCUCAUCCGGAGAGGCUGCCACUCAUUCUCUUUGGAUUUAUUUUCACCGGGAUGGGGUUCCUUUGCACAUUUCCCCCAGCCCCACAGGGAGUGUGACUGUAGAGCAUGUUGGGAAGGGUCUUUUGACUUUUUCCAUAGUCUUGGGCGCUUCUGCAGCAGGGUUUGUGUUGGGCUGUGCGGUUCAAAUUGCAGGCGGGGAGCUGGUGCUUAAGGGGAAGAGCCAGCCUCUGCACAAGCAGGUGGGUGUGGACCUGUCUGCUUCCUGUGAGGUGCUGUCCGUUGUUUCAGGUGAAGGGCUGGACUAUGAAAUGCCUGGAGCCCUGAGCUUCCUGUUCCGUGGGAUGAGGAAACACAGCUGGGCAGAGCCGGAACCCCUGGCUUACCCACAAAUAUCCUAAUGAUGAGUGCAGGCACCAGGUCUGAUGGAUGUGGCUGGGGCAACUCCUGGUGAAAUGCCCUGAGGUCUCUGCUGGGGGAGAAGUGGGGCAGGAAGGACCUGCAUCCAUUUCCAUUCCUCAAUGGGGAGGAACAUUAUCUGUUCCCCUAUCACACCCCUGCUCCAGGGCUCAUGAGUCUCUGUUCAGACACACACCGUUGUCUCUCCCCAGGCCACUGUGUGGCUGAGAGCCGUGGGAAACGCCUGCCUGCCACUCUCUGCAGGAAUCAUCCCAAGGUAGAACCUCCUCACUCAGCACAGCGUAGACACCUGCUGUCCAUGUCUGUCAUGGUCACACUGGUGCUUCAUGUAGCUGGGAUGUGGGGCUUCUACCUUUCUGGGUGGAGAAGUGGACAUCAGUUGUGGUGUUGCUGGCUGGGGAGACCCGACCUCAGGCCCUGGGGUGAGUGGUCAGGUGCCAGCAGAGUGGGAAAGGGCUGGCAGUUCCCUGGAUCACAGGCCUCUAGGUGGCCAGCUGAACAGCGUGUGUGAGUCCCAAAGGGGCUGGAAUGGGAUUCCACUGUUCCAGGUUUCAGGUGCCGGCUGUGAUGAGGAGAAAUGGACUGGUGUCCAGGUCACUGGCAGAACUCUCAGGUGGGGCAGGCAGAAUUCUCAGGGGGUAGAGCCUGGGGGCAGAUCACAGGCCUGUGGGGACUGGGCUAUCAGAAAGGGGCUGAGGCUGAAAUGUCCAGGUAGAGGCCAGGCAGCUGUGCUCUGGGCCGGUCCCUGAAGACAGCAGGCCCCUCGGCUGGGGCACUGGAGACUAGCAGGUGUGGGCCCAGGGCCCGCUCACACUUCCCUCCUGAAGAGGUGGCACUUGGUCUUGCUCUGGGGACACGCAUAAUUGCCAGGUCUCCCCAUACUUUCCCUGGGCCUGGAGCUGUAGGGACCGAGGCAGAGGUGGCAGUGACUGUAUAGGGCUUGUCAGGAGCCUCUGAGCAUUGGGCUUUGAGAGGGCACCCAGCCAGGGCCACAGUGUUCAGGUGGGGACAGGAUGGGUGCACUGGGGCCCUGAAGCUGGCAAGCCCCAUUUAGCAGGAAGGAAGCCCCAUUUAGCAGGAAGCAACAGAGAUGGGGAGCUGUGGGGUGCUCAACUUGGCUGCUCUGUACCCCAGUUGUCAUAUUUAUUCUGAGGUCCAUGGAAGUGCCUGGCCUCCUCCCUCCAUGGAAAGGCAGGGGCAGCUGGAGCCAGGUUGCUCAGGGAUGGAAAGCCUAUGGGAUUCCAUGUGGCUCCAGUGGGGCCUCAGCACACUCUCUAGGAGCAACCUGUGUGCCCCUGGAGGCCCAGAGGGGCAGGUACUCUCCUGUGAGCAGGAUUGUAAGAGUCCACAGCAGAGGGGUGGAUGCCAGGGGCUCUCCCUCACCCCUUCCCCAUGUUAGGGGGCCUCUCACCCCUUCUCCUUUUCAGGGAGCCCCUUAUUCACCCCUUCCUUGUGUUAGGAGCCUCUCCUGGCUCUCAGCUCAUCUCUUCUCUGCUUUCUGUGUCCCUCUGCUUUCUGUGUCCCUCUGCUUUCUGGGGUUCUCUGGUGCACCCCAGCAUCCUCUCUUAGAACAUCCGCUUAACGUGUUGGUAUUUCCUCACCAUUUUGGUUCCUCUCUAUGAGAACGGCACACACCACCUGCUUCCAUUCAGCCAACAUGAGCCUGAACCCACAGGCAUUUUUUCAGCACUUCAUACUCUUUGGAAAUCCAGUCCUCAUGAGAUUGGCAUUAUUUGAGAAUAAAUUUCGUUUUUUCAUUGGUUUUUAAAUUACUGUUGUUUAUUCUAGAUGCCCUUCACUCUACAUAGUUAAGACGUUCAUUUCAUUGAUGAAUUUGUGCACAUUGAGUUCAUGUUCUUUCUUCAUUUCUGUACAAAUGUCAACUAUUUUCUCUGCAAGUGUUUACUAACAUACUCCUUUCCUUCGCUCUGAAAUUGUGACAGAGCGAUGUCUGUUUACUCUUCUCAUUCUAUUUCUGCGCACAUUAAUUUUCUUUUCUUUUUUUUUCAUUUCUAGGGUUUCUGUGAUGGCUUCUGAAAAAGAGAAUAAAUACUCAGCACCAAUAUGAUAUUUAUCAUUUUAGCUGUGUCUUGUUCUGGAUGAAAUUAUUUCUAAAUUUGUUGAUGUCAUUCACUAUUUUCACGUCACUAUGGUUUCCUAAUUCAUUUCUGUAAUCGCCUGUAUUUUCUCUAAUGAACUCUUUGAUUGUUACUCCUCUGGGGUGGUUUUCUCUCACACACCUGAUCUUCCUUAGGGCUUCUCAGGGCUGUCUCAGGAAUGAGAACUGAUGAGGGCAUUGCUGUAGCUGCUCCUGCCCGGCAGUGUCCACUCUCCCAAGCUUAGAAUCGGCUCCGUGUUGUGCGCGGCACAGCGGGGCCCUUGUGAGCCUCACACUCAGGAGUGGGAGAUGCCCGGUCCAACAGCGAUAAAGUGUGUCUGUGUUAUGUGCACCCGGGAAAGGUGGCUCAGAGCUGAGUGUGGCCUGGCUCACUGAGCUGAGCUAUUUCAGGGCCUGUCCACAAACAUGGAAGAGAGGGAGCCACAGUCUCUCCAUGGUGGAACAGUUUCCUAAACUUCUUUCUUUGUUCUGAGAGAGAGAAAGACAAAGCGCCACGGCCACUCUGUGGGCUGGACAGAUGUAUGUUUUCACUGCAGGCUUGAAUCCAAGCUGAGGUCUUGAGCAUUCCCAGCUACUGAUAAAGCACCUUACGUUAUUUCUAGAAAACACUGAAAAUUUAACCCUUUUGCUGAUGAUGUAGAAACAAGCCCUGCCCUGAACAAAAUUCCUGAAACUCUCAGGUUAAACUUCAUGACCCCAAGCCCCUCACUGCAGACACCCAAUAGGCAAGCCACAGUUACAAGGAUGAGAUGACUCAUUUUUAAAAAGGGGAAGUUGAGAUGGGAACUAUUUGGUUGAAAGGAAACCCAAAAUCCGGUUCCAAGAAAGAAGCCAACUUUCCUUCCCCUGUUUCCCUGCAUUUCUGUUCUGUGCCCACAGCCACACACAGCUCUGCCUGGACUACACAGACAGAUGUGAGAUGCGUCUCUGCUGAUCUGAGCCUGCCUGGAGCAUGGACCUGCAUCUUCCCUGAAGCAUGUCCAGGGCUGAAGAGACAACUGCCUAACACCGAGGGCUCAUCCAUCCGCAGAGCAGGGCAGUGGGAGGAGACGCCAUGACCCCCAUCCUCAUGGUCCUGAUCUGUCUCGGGCUGAGUCUGGGCCCCAGGACACACAUGCAGGCAGGGACCUUCCCCAAGCCCACCCUCUGGGCUGAGCCAGGCUCUGUGAUCCCCCAGGGGAGUCCUGUGACCCUCAGGUGUCAGGGGAACCUGGAAGCCCAGGAGUAUCAUCUAUAUAUAAAAAAAGCAUCAGCAUCCUGGAUUAAGCAGAUCCCACAGGAGCUUGUGAAGAAGGGCCAGUUCCCCAUCGAGUCCAUCGCCUGGCAACACGCAGGGCAGUAUCACUGUCAGUAUUAUAGCGACACUGGCUUGUCAGAGCCCAGUGAUCCCCUGGAGCUGGUGGUGACAGGAGUCUACAGGAAACCCACCCUCUCAGCCCUGCCCAGCCCUGUGGUGACCCCAGGAGGAAGCGUGACCCUCCAGUGUGGCUCACAGGUGGCAUUUCAUGGCUUCAUUUUGUGUAAGGAAGGAGAAGAUGAACACCCACCAUGCAGAUCCCAGGCCCGUACCCGUGGGUCGUCCUGGGCUGUCUUCUCCGUGGGCCCCGUGAGCCCAAGUCGCAGGUGGACGUACAGGUGCUAUGGUUAUGACUCUCACUCUCCCUAUGUGUGGUCUUCACCCAGUGAUCUCCUGGAGCUCCGGGUCCCAGGUGUUUCUGAGAAGCCAUCACUCUCAGUGCAGCCAGGGCCUGUCGUGGCCCCUGAGGAGAGGCUGACCCUCCAGUGUGGCUCUGAUGUCAGCUAUGAUAGGUUCACUCUGUACAAGGACUGGGGACCUGACCUCCUCCAGCACCCUGGCCGGCAGACCCAGGCUGGGCUCUCCCAGGCCAACUUCACCCUGAGCCCUGUGAGGGUCUCCCACAGGGGCCAGUACAGAUGCUCGGGUGCCUACAACGUCUCCUCCGAGCAGUCGGCCCCCAGUGAUCCCCUGGACGUCCUGAUCUCAGGACAGAUCCCUGACACACCCUCCCUCUCAGUGCAGCCAGGCCUCACUGUGGCCUCUGGAGAGAACCUGACCCUGCUGUGUCAGUCACAGAGCCCAAUGGACACUUUCCUUCUGACCAAGGCGGGAGCAGCUGAUGCCCCUGUGCGUGUAAGAUCAAGGAAUGAAUCUCAUAAGUACCAGGCUCAAUUCCCCUUAAGUGCGGUGACCUCAGUCCAUGUGGGGACCUACAGGUGCUACGGCUCACGCAGCUCCGACCCCUACCUGCUGUCUCACCCCAGUGACCCCCUGGAGCUCGUGAUCUCAGGAGCAGCUGAGACCCUCAGCCCAUCACAAAACAAGUCCCACUCCCAGGAUGCCUCACAGCCCCAGGAUUACACAGUGGGGAAUCUCAUCCGCAUGGGCGUGGCCGGCUUGGUCCUGGUGGUCCUCGGCGUUCUGCUCUUUGAGGCUCAGCACAGCCAGAGAAGCCCCCAGGAUGCAGCCAGGAGGUGAACAGCAGAGAGGACAGUGCAGCCUUCAGAGUGCUGGAAACCUGAGAACAGAUCUAAUGAUCUCAGGAUGUUUUGGGAGACAAUUUAGGGGCUACAUUUUCUGGACUGUCUGUUAAUC